CAGGCCAGGCUCGGAUAAGGAAGGGCUCCACUGGUGAGCUUUGAAAUUUCAGAUAUAAUCUGUUGUUGCCAGUUUCGUUUUAAUAUUCCAAUCGGGGAAGAACAUUCGAAAAUCUUCACUGGCCCAACAUCUUGCCUGCUGUAUCAACUCUGCAACAUGUUCUUCACGAGAUAUGUUUUCUUUCUGUAAACUUGUUUUGUGGUAUGAUGCAUUGCAGCAUAGAACUCCAGAAUGCCACAUAAAAUUGGAUUUGUUACAAUAAGCUGCUCUGGCUAUGAAGAUGGGUAUAAUUCAAAUGAGCUGAUGGUGCAUGCGCCUACAAUAAAUGGUUGGCGUUCCCCAAGGUUCUGCCUUUAUCCACAGGAGAUUAUCCUUCAAAUGGUAGAACGCUGUCGAAUUCGGAAGCUGCAAUUACUUGCACACCAGUACUUGAUUUCUACAAAAAUUGAAUUUUACAUUAGUGACAGUCUUCCAGAUCACCUUGGUUCCCACCACGUGGAGAGAUUUCGCAGACUUGGGUAUGUCUCCCUCUCAGAUAAUCAAAAAACAGGAUUCAAAGCUCGGGAACUUAAGUCUGUCCAUGUUGAUGCAGUUGGACAAUAUCUGAAAUUAACAUUCCAUAAGAACCAUGUCAACAGAUACAACUUGUACAAUCAGGUUGCCCUGGUAGCUGUUAAUAUCCUUGGAGAUCCAGUCGAGCACAAUGAGACAACUACAACUCCCACAAAAGAUAAGCUGAUUGAUCACUAUCUUGGUCAGAGCCCAAAUGACCCAGCACUUGAUGGAACCUAUUUCAGGUAA